AUGAGCUACCGCAGCACCAGCCCCGUGGUCCUGCAGCACCCCUGUGAGGGGCAUGGCCCUGGUGGUGGGGAGCCGAAGGCAGCUGUGUACCUGGGGAAGGACAUUUUCAUCAGCCUGGAUGCUUUUGAGAGCAGCCUCUCCCUGCUCUCCAUCCCAGAAGAGCUCGAGGCCAAGGAAGCCCUUCUCAGUGCCAUUGUCAGCGCCAUCGCCUUUGUGCACAAGGAUGGGGUCUUGAUGGUGGUCAACGGCCAGGUCUACCUGUAUUUCAAGAGCUUCAACAGGUGGGUCCCGUCAGCAGGAGUCACAUCCCCCAUGUCCAAACUCUCAAACACCCUUUGCUGCUACACGGGAGCAGACCCCCAGUUCAAGGAGCUCAGCUCGACCCUUUUUGCUUACGACACCAGGUGCCCAGUCUCUGACAGCCAUAUCUUCCUUUCGCAGGACGGGGGCUACAAAUUUACAAGCAUUGAGACCAGUACAAGAGAGCAAGGAGUGCUGCUCAGGGGCUACAAUUUCAUCUCCUUUGCCGUGACUGGCCUGUUGAUCAACAGAGGUGGAGAAGAUGGGGCAGGGAAGGCCGCAGGAGCCUAUUUCAGAUACAAUGGUACUGAAAACAGCCAUGUGUCCAACCAUAGCUCUGCCACCUUCCACCUGCUGCCCAAAGGCCCUGCUAAGCUUUGGAGUAUCCAGAAUCUUGCCUUGAGGGGUUUCUUCAUCCUCUGGACAACAGAUACUUUGCUUAUAUCUGCCAACAAUGGCUUGACCAUGGAAGAAGUGAGUGUCAUGCCCUUGGAGACCUUUCAAAGCACUACCUUCCCUGGCAGCGGUUUCUUACAUGUGACUGCUAGCAGCUCCCAGAUCGCAGUCGUGACCCAGGACAAACACCUCUUCUAUGGCAGCAUCAGCCGGGUCACUAGCAUGGUGCACAUUGCCAAGGAUGAGAGCAUAGAUUUGAAAAACACAGGGAUGCUGUUUGAAGAAAGAGGGUGGCUGACCUUACUCAACUCUGUGAUUAGCAAUUUCACUCAGCUGUAUGACCUCAAUAAAUGCAAGCUCAACUUGCAGUUAGCAGUCUGGAGAUCUCAGCAGUCCUGCACUGUGGAGAUCCUCAUGGGAGACUUCCAGAACAAGAUCUAUUACAUUGACAUGCAUGAAAGUCUGACUUUGAAGGCCAUAUUUGUGCACAAGCCAGGCAAAAGGUCCACUCCCUUGGUGACAGUGAGCAACACCCAUGUGCUGGCUUUCAGUGCAUAUGUAAUCAAAGUGGGAUUUACAUAUGAUGGAAACACCGAAUACCUCUUGCGUACAGUUCUGGAGCAGCAGUAUUUCCCUGACUUUGCAGACACUGGCUUCUGUGAUGGCGUACAGGACAGAGGGAUGUCUGCUGUCACUGUGGACAUCCCUGACAACCCAAUCAGUUGUAUUGAUGCGGCUCCCCUGACUGCACUUGUUGCAGUGUCCUGCCCAGCUACAAAGCACAUCAGAAUUGUAAAAAAUGUAACAGCAUGUGACAGAGGCCUCAUUCAGGAAGCAGAACUGAGAAAUAAUUUCAGUUAUACAAUCAGCCAUAACAUAUACGACUCGCACCUUCUUGCCAGAAAAGAUAUACAGCAAGACGAUCUACAGAUCAAAUAUAACUUUACGAAUCUGGGAUGUCCUCUUCUGGUAUAUUAUAAAAAUUCUUGGGUGCCAAUUUUUGAGUUAUGGGAAAACAAUACAUUUCAGGAGCAUGUCCCUGCUGAAUUUGUUCCAUUUGAAAUAAAUGGAAUGCGUAACUAUGAUUAUCAUUUGACUGUGCAUGAUGCCAUCUGCAUCUCUCAACCUCAAAUUUGGACUUCUUUGCUGGAGGAACUGGAGUCUCCAGAUCCAAAUACUGCAUGGACCAGAAGAAACUACAUGAGCUGUAAGGAUAGGAAUGGACCUAAAUUAAAGUGGCCCUCAGUCAAAUAUCAGGUUCUUGAUGGAAAUAAAAAUAAGAUCAUUUUCCCUCCCCGUAAUGGUCUAUAUAUCUUUAAAGCCAUUGUAGUGGAUACAUUUUACAGCUACUGUGAUUUAUCCGUAACCUUCUCAGUAUAUGUCCAUGGUGCUUUUCCUAGGAACUACCUACAUUUUUGGGCAUCACUGACAGUCUUUCUGAUUUUUACUUUUGAUUUUUACAAGAUACUCCUAUUUCAUUUAUCACUCUGA